CACCUUCGCACCACCGUUGAAUUUGCGAGAGAAGAUGGAGGCCAUAAUGCCAGAAAAUGGCUUGCACCUCAAUGGUGUCAAGCUGCCUGCCAAUGGGCCUACGGUGAUUAGCCUCAAGGAGAUGAAGGCUGCUGAAAGCAGUGAGGAGGCAUCUCUCGCCGCGACCGCUGAUGGCCGUUUCGAUUCGGCGACCGCCAGUCACUCUUCUGGACCGGAAUUGGAGUUAGAAGAUGAUCCUGCGUGCAUUAUUGGGAUUGCAUGCCGGCUCCCAGGAGGCAUACGUGCCCCAUCCGAUCUGUGGAAUUUGCUGAAGGCGAAGAAAACCACACAAGGGCGGGUCCCAGCCGAGCGGUUCAACAUGGCUGGUUAUUAUCACCCAGACGGGAAGCGCGCGGGUGCCAUGGACGCAGAUGGUGGCUACUUCCUCGACGAAGACGUCCGGAAGUUCGAUAACGAAAUGUUUGGGCUGAAUAACCUCGAGGCUACAUACAUGGAUCCUCAACAAAGAAAACUGCUUGAAGUCACAUACGAGUGCCUCGAAAAUGCGGGCCUCUCGAUGGAAGCGGUCAUGGGAUCGGACACUGCGGUCUACGUGGGCAACUUCACUGUCGACUACCAGACCAUGCAGACUCGGGAUCCAGAUUACCUCCACCGUUACAGCGCGACGGGGUCCGGCACCGCCAUCAUGUCCAACCGCAUCAGCCACGUCUUCGACCUUCGCGGACCGAGCUUCACACUUGAUACCGCAUGCUCCUCGUCCAUAUAUGGCCUGCACAAUGCUGUCAUAGCACUGAAAAACGGCGAUUGCGAAGCUGCAAUCGUCGCUGGAGCGAACCUCAUUACGUCUGUCGAGCAACACCUCGGUACUAUGAAGGGUGGUGUCCUGUCGCCAACGUCUACGUGCCAUACCUUCGAUGCCUCAGCCGAUGGUUAUGGCCGGGCCGAGGCGGUCAACGCCAUCUACAUCAAACCGCUCUCGCGUGCCCUGCGGGAUGGCGACCACAUCCGCGCUGUGAUCCGUGGCACAGCCGUCAACUCUAAUGGAAGGACAAACGGCAUUACGCAACCCAGCGCCACCAUGCAGGCGGCCGUGAUCCGCAAGGCUUACGCCAAUGCAGGUCUUCGCAUGGACGAGACCGACUACGUCGAGUGCCACGGCACCGGUACCGCUGUCGGAGACCCGAUUGAAGUCGAGGGCAUCGGGAAGGCCUUUGCCAGAGAGGGAGAUUCGCCAUUAAUGAUUGGUGCGGUCAAAACCAAUAUCGGCCACAGUGAGGCGGCUAGUGGUUUGUCCGCUAUUAUCAAGGCAGUCUUAGCCUUUGAAGAGGAGAUGAUCCCCCCAACAUACGGGGUCACAAAAUUGAAUCCUAAACUCAACCUCGAUUUGUACAACCUCCAAGUGGUCAAUGAGUUGUCCAAAUGGCCCCGACUUCUGCGAAGAGCUAGCAUCAACUCCUUCGGUUACGGUGGCGCGAACGCCCACGUGAUCUUGGAAGCGCCAGAGAGCUAUGUGUCAGGUCUCGAAGGCCAUAUGCCGGGUCCGGGAACACCUUCAUCGUCUUCUGAGUCCGCAUCUAAUGUGUCCUCGGACUCGGGCAAUACUUUCGUACUUCCGGUCACGGCAAAGUCCCAGUGGUCUUUGAAUAAGCGCAUCGAACAGAUCACACAGUACGUCAAGGAGCAUCCCGCCAAUACGCUCCCGGCCUUGGCCAAUACGCUGGCAAAACAUCGCUCUCACCACCAUUAUCGUGCCUGUAUCUCCGUCAGCAAGAAUGGUGAUCAAGAACUAGUCACUGAGGUCUUCAAGUCUGAAGAAAAGCCAGAGGUGUCCCCACCGCCUUUUGCUUUCGUCUUCACUGGGCAAGGAGCACAAUACGCGGAGAUGGGUCGCGAGCUUCUUCUGAACAAUGCCGCUUUCCGCGCCUCAAUUCAGCGCCUAGACCUUGUACUCCAGGACCUUCCGGAACAGGACGAAGAUGGUGUGGGUUCCAGACCAUCCUGGACCCUCGAGCAAACAUUGCUGGAUCCGCCGGAGACGACCAUGAUCAACGAUGUGACUCGCAGUCAACCCAUCUGCACGGCUGUUCAGGUUGCCUUGGUGGACCUUCUGUCAGACUGGAACGUUAUGCCCAAAGCCGUCGUCGGCCACUCGUCGGGCGAGAUCGCAGCCGCCUACGCCGCGGGUUGGCUUUCAGCAGCUCAAGCCAUCAAAGUCGCCUACUUUCGGGGGCAGGCAGUUGGUAGACUACAAAGCAAGGGUGGCAUGCUCGCGGCUGGUCUGGCGGAGGAGGAAGCUACCGAACUGAUAUCCAAGACAGAAGGGUUGGCAGGGCGUGUAUGCGUUGCCUGCAUCAAUGCACCGCAAAGCGUAACGCUAAGCGGCGAGCUGGACGCCAUCAAUUCACUGGCUAAGAUCCUGCAGGAGCAAGGGAAAUUCGUUCGAGCCCUGAAGACGGGUGGACGAGCAUACCAUUCUCACAUGAUGAAGGAGGUUGGCGCGCUUUACGAAGACAUGCUUACGCCGGUAUUUGCGGGCGACGACUCGAGCGACGCCGAGAAGGCCAGGCCGUCUCGCCAGGCGACCAUGUACUCAUCAGUCGGCUCCAGCGCCGAGAAUCUCACCGUCCUGGACCACUCGGGGCACGAGAACCCUGCCAGAUACUGGCGCGAGAACCUCGAGACCGCGGUCCAGUUCUGCGCGGCUUUGACCAAGCUCACAGCCAGCGCGAAGAAGCUUCAUCUCAUCGAGGUCGGGCCUCACGCUGCCCUCAAAGGCCCCGUCGAACAGACGCGCAAGAAAUCCGGACACGACUUCCGCAUCUCACCGACGCUGCUACGCGGAGAAGAUGCGGAGGCGUGCAUGAGGAGGUUGGCCAGCCAGUUGUUCGUUCUGGGGAUCCCGCUGGAAUGGUCUGCCGUCAACGGAUACCGCGAGCAAGGCACCAUGGCUCCGCUCCAUGACUUGCCGCCUUACCCAUGGGACCACACUGGCUCCCUCCUCUGGAGUGAGCCACGCCCCAGUGUCGAGCAGCGCAACCGUCAGCACAUGCGCCACGAGCUUCUCGGAGCCGCCCAGCUGGCCGGGAGCGGCAUCGACUUUGCCUGGCGGAACCUGCUCCGACUGUCCGAGGUGCCUUGGGUACGGGACCACAAGCUCGAGUCACAGAUAGUCUUCCCGGCUACAGGAUACCUGGGAAUCGUCAUGGAGGCCAUGUGCCAAGUCCGUGGUGUACAAAUUGGAGACCUGCGGUCUGGCUUUGAGUUCAGAACUGUCAACAUCGGCGCAGCGAUGGUCGUUCCGGAACAGGAAAACGAUGCUGAGAUCCACACCACGCUCUCAGCGCGCAAGAUCUCGACGGCUUCAACGUCGGGCAAGUGGUUCGACUUCUCGAUCUCAUCGUGGGACUCUGGCGCAUCUACUCUGCACUGCUCCGGCAGUGUGCGGAUUCUGGGUGAUGAAGAUGGAGUCUCGUCCCGAUACGGCCUCGUCUCGGUGCAGGAUACUGGUGGGUAUGAGACCUGGGGAUCGAUGAACAGGUGGUAUGCCAGGCUGGCCGAGGGCGGCCUUUGCUUCGGACCAAACUUCCAGUCCAUUACGUCCAUGACCACAGAUGGAGCCAGGGCCCGGCCUGAAACCAUCUCAACCACACGCCUCUUCCAACAGAGCGGCCAGCACCACGCGACCAAGUACCCGCUGCAUCCCCUCGUUCUGGACUCCUGUCUCCAGGCCGGUAUUUUUGGGGGCACGGCCGGCGAUCUCAACAGCCUGCGCGCAUACUUGCCCGUCUUCAUCAAGUCGUGCCGUAUCCGAGCACCGGCAAGUCUUCUUGAACACGACCCCGAAACCGCGGCGAUUCAUACACGCACUCGCACGACGGGCUUCGGCACAAAGCAGAUCGAUUGCACACUUGUUCAAAGCAGCACUGGAGACGCGCUUGUUGAUAUGGAAGGCGUGAGGCUCUCCCUGUACAACAACGGCCCGGUUGCCCCUGUUGGCGACAGUGACGGUGGGGCUCUCGACAGUGGCCCCGUUGACGAGAGCUCCAUGAAGCGAGAGCCAUGUCUCAGCGUCCGCUGGAAGCCUGAUAUUCUCCGUCUCCAACCAGAACACACGACCAGGAUUAAGGGAUAUCUUGAACAGGCUGUCGAAGGGUUCCCGGCUGACUUGAUUGACCAUGCUAGCAUGGCCUAUAUCGUCGCCAUGGUCGAUUUGGCCAGCUUCAAAAACCCCAAGAUGAGCGUGCUUGAGCUUGUUGACGCUGGUGAGCAAUGCCAAGUUAAACGCUGGCUCAAGGCGUUGGAAGCCGAGACAACAUUCCCCCGCUGUUCGUCCUGGGUUGGAGGCGAGAUGGAUGCUGAGGGCAAGCUUCGAACGAGUACCACGGAGUCAUCCUCUCCUUUUGAUACAGUCAUAAUUCCAGGGCUCGAUGCCUCAGCGGAUUAUACAAAGCGCACAGCAGCAUUUGUCAACCAGAUGAGCCCCAAUGGUGGUGUUGUCAUCAUGCGGAAAGUUUCGGGCGCUCAAGAGGCACUGCGAAGUGCUGGACUCUCUGUCAUCGACAUUGGUCGAGGGGUGCUCGUGGGCCUGCGUCCUAUAUCCAGUGUCUCGUUGGCCAAGCGCCCCGCAGUCAUUCUUGUGCCCUCUGAAGACGCUAAAAGCGCUGAUAGUUUCGGCCAUGUUCUUGCGAAGCACCUGAAAAGUCACAGUCCGAUUUUCGGUGACGUCCGGGUUUCCACGCUCGAGGACAUGGAGGAAUCAGGACCGGCGCCGUCCCCGUCGGAUAUCUACAUCUCUCUUCUUGAGCUGAAGUCAGAAUUUCUGGCCACGAUGAGCCCGACCGAUAUGAACCGAUUGCGUCGGGUGACUGACGUCGCAGCUGAUCUGAUCUGGCUGACGGGGGCCGACAUGUUGGGCUCCAGCCCAGACCCAAACCUGACUCUCGCCUCAGGGCUAUCUCGAGCGCUCAUGCUUGAGCAACCGUCUUUGCGAUACACGGUGCUCGAUGUGGGAUCGCCCAUUGCUACCAAUGCAGACAAAGCCACACUUGAUGCUUUGUGCGCCAACCUAGCCUCUGCGUUGGUGCCUGUGGAUGACAUGGACGACAAGGAGUUCAGUCAGAGCGACGGUAUUCUGCAUGUCAGUCGAUUUGUGGCCGACAGGACGAAUAACAGCCUCUUUCGACGACGCAUGGAUCCGAGUGAGCCUCUCAAACGCGAGACACUCGGAGAGGCUGGUCUCGCACGCCUGGCCAUAGGUAAUGUCGGGCAGAUGGACACGCUCCAUUUCGCACAGGAGACCACGAUGCCCGACGGUCAAGCCUCGCCGCCCCCCGGCUUCGUCGACAUCCGCACCGCAGCCGUCAGCCUCAACGCCAAGGACAUCUACACUGUCAGCGGGCGCGUCGAGACACGCACCGGCACAGCCGCCAUCGAGUUCUCCGGCGUCGUCGUCUCGGUCGGCGAGGGGGUGACGCACCUCGCACCCGGCGACCACGCCGUGGUGCUGGCCCCGAACCGCUUUGCCACGGUCGAGCGCGUGCCGGCCUGGGCGGCGCACAAGAUGCUGCCGUCUGAGGACCUCUGCGUGAUGCCGACCCUGCCCGUGGCAUUUGGUACCGCCCUGUAUGCCCUGCACGACCGGGCCCACAUCCGCGCGGGGGAGUCCAUCCUCGUGCACAGCGGCGCGGGGGCCUUCGGGAUGGCGACCAUCAUGCUGGCCCAGCGCCUCGGGGCUGUUGUGUACGCGACUGUCGGGUCGCCGGCCAAGAAGGAGCACCUCGUGCGCGAGCUCAACCUCCCGGCCGAGAACAUCUUUAGUUCGAGGGAUGCCUCCUUUGUGCCUGGCAUACGCGCAGCAACUGGGGGCCGGGGUGUCGACGUUGUCAUCAACUCGCUUGUGGGCGACCUCAUGCAUGACAGCUGGGACUGUAUAGCAGACUUUGGGCGUUUUGUCGAGGUCGGCAAGCGUGAGCUUGUUGACGCCGGGAAGCUCGACAUGCACGUCUUUACCCGUAACUGCUCCUUUACCGCCUUUGAUCUUACCGAACUGUUCUUCCACAAAGACCAGUUCUACCGAGAUAUCUGGAUCAACAAAACAAAGGAGGCGCUUGAGCUGUAUCGGACUGGGGAAAUCAAACCGGUCCCGAUCGCUACAUUUGAUGUUUCCAAGUUGUCACAGGCCUACCGCUUCUUCUCCGGAAAAGAUCGCAUUGGUAAGGUUGUGGUAUCCAUGCAGGACCCAAGUAGCCUCAUUCCGGUCAUGCCCGCUCUGUAUCAGACAAUCCUGAGCCCCAAAAAGGUCUACCUGCUCGUUGGGUGCUUGGGCGGCCUCGGCCGCAGUCUGAGUCGAUGGAUGAUGUCGCGAGGUGCUCGUCACUUCGUCUUUCUGGGUCGCUCUGGCAGUGACAAGCCCGAAGCCCAGAGCCUAGUGGACCGGCUCCGGGGAGCCGGUGCUUCCGUGGAGGUAGUUCGAGGCGACGUUUCGAAUCCAGACCAAGUCGAUGCUGCCGUCGACGCCUGUUCCGGCCGUCCCAUUGGCGGCGUGGUUCAAGCCGCCAUGGGUCUGAGCGAGGCACUCUUCUCGAGCAUGACGCACAAGGCCUGGCACACGGGGAUCCAGCCGAAGUGGGCAGGUUCGUGGAACCUGGACCGCUCCCUGGCCCGCGGCGGCCGCGACGCGCAGCUGGACUUCUUCCUGCUCACGUCUUCGGUGAGCGGGAGCGUGGGAACGGCAACCGAGAGCAACUACUGCAGCGCCAAUGGCUUCCUGGACGCCUUCGCCCGCUAUCGUCGCAGCUGUGGCAAGCCCGCGGUUUCGGUAGGCCUGGGCAUGAUCUCCGAAGUAGGCUACCUGCACGAGAAUCCCGAGAUCGAGGCUCUUCUUCUCCGCAAGGGCAUCCAGCCGCUCAACGAGAAUGAGUUCCUGCAGGUCAUUGACUUCGCCUUGGCACCAGGGGCCACCGCGCCACAUAUCCUGACCGGCUUGGAGCCCUUUGGGCUUCGUGAGCUCAUCAGAAAGGGCUUUGACGUUGAGAACGGGACCACGCAAGAUCCACGGUGCGGUUUCCUUGCCGCUGCCCUCUUCGCCGACCAGGAAGCGAGCAAAGAUGCCUCGUCCGCCGGCACUGUCACCUUCACAGCGGCCCCAGCCUGGCUCAAGGCGCUGCCUGCGGGUACCGCGGCCAAGGCUUUGACCGCAGAGGCAGACGCCCCCACUCUGGCCGAGGCCGUGUUGCGCCUGGCUCGCAAGCGCUUCUCAAACCUGAUCCUGCUGCCCAUCGAGAAGAUCGACGAUUCCAUGGCCCUGCCCCAAUUUGGCCUGGACAGUAUGAUUGCGGCUGAGUACCGCACAUGGUUCUGGUCGACUUUCAAGGUCGAUGUGCCCUUCUUGGAUAUCAUGAGCCCCAAGAAGUCAUUGACGGCACUGGCGAGCUUUCUUGAGGAAAGCAUCACUGCUUCUUUGGCUAAUGAGGGCGCGUGAUGCAUGACUUGGAGGUUAUGGGACCAGUAUGCCAAGAACGCCGACACAACAGACCAUGCCAAGUUGAAAUGAAGAUUUGGAAAUCCUACGCAUAUUCGAUCCUCUUGUAUUCCUCUUCGUCGUAUGUUGGGCAGUGGCACGGGGUCCCUAGCGGAACCGUCUUGAUCAGACCUUGUCCACUAUGCUGUUCAAUGCGGCCCAGUACUUGGCGAAUGAACAGUGCGAAUCUGUUGGAGCACAUCGAGAGGUGUUGUUGGCUGCGGCAGCUGUGAUAACAGUGCCCAACAAAGCGGAAAGUGUGGCAGGCAACAUAAUGUUCAACUUAAAGUCAAGCUGCAAUGAAGAAUAUGUCUGGAUGCUUCAAGUCGUUGGAUGAAGACUAUGAUCUAUCUCCGGUGGUUUUAGGCUGGGGUAUGAGCCCGAGGUGUCUAUGUAUUUAUAUUAUACACUUCCUUAGUUCAAAGGCAUACCAAGAUGUCAGGCAAUAGACGUCGAUCAUGACAUCCUUCCCUGCCAGGACCUCAGUGUUGUACCUUUGACGAUCUCAGUAGCUUGACAUCCACGGAGUCGGGAGGUCUCGCUCACUGCUUGCAAUGCGGUACUUAGGCAUCAUCC